UCCGGUGACGUCACGGCGGUGCGGGCACGAUGGCGGCUGCGGGCGGUAGUGGUGAAGAUGCGUUUCAAAGCUUCUACACUGAAGUGAAGCAGAUUGAGAAGAGAGACUCAGUUUUAACCUCUAAACAGCAGAUUGACAGAUUACUGCGACCUGGAGCUUCAUACUUUAAUCUCAACCCAUUUGAGGUGCUUCAGAUCGACCCUGAGGCCACAGAUGAGGAGCUGAAGAAACGCUUCCGACAGUUGUCGAUACUCGUCCAUCCAGACAAGAAUCAGGAUGAUGUGGAUCGAGCUCAGCUUGCGUUUGAAGCGGUUGAUAAGGCCUAUAAGAUGCUGCUGGAGCCGGAGCAGAAGAAGAAAGCAUUAGACGUCAUUCAUGCUGGGAAAGAGUACGUGGAGCACAUGAUGACUCAGAAGAAGAAACAGUUGAAGAAGGACGGGAAGUCCACUGACAUGGAGGAAGAUGACCCAGAAAUGUUCAGACAGGCGGUUUAUAAACAGACCAUGAAACUCUUCGCUGAACUGGAGAUCAAAAGAAAAGAGCGAGACGCAAAAGACAUGCAUGAAAGGAAACGACAAAGAGAAGAAGAGAUCGAGACGCAGGAACGGGCUAAACGAGAGCGAGAGUGGCAGAAGAACUUUGAGGAAACUCGUGAUGGUCGUGUGGACAGCUGGAGGAACUUCCAGGCCAAAGGAAAGACUAAGAAAGAGAAAAAGAACCGAUCGUUCCUGAAACCCCCGAAAGUCAAGAUGGAGAAGAGAGAGUGAGACGUCCAGACAGACAGGAAGUGAUGUGUGUUCAGGGCUGUUUUUCUCAUAUUGAUGAAUUAUUGUCAUUCUUUGCAUUAGUCUUCAUGAAACAAACUUGGACAUGUUAUAAUGUGCUGUUGUUUUGGUUACUCUGCAAAUAAAUGUUUGUUUGUA